GCAAAGCAUGGGAGACGCGAAGGGUGGCGGCGCAACUACUGUCUUGAGCGAUGGAUCCGCAGAUGCAGGGACGGUGGCAUGGCUUCCUGGCGUGAAGGCCUUGCAUAAGGAACUGAUGAAUCAUGCACUUGCCUGGCCGUUUUUGGAGCCUGUGGAUCCGAUCAAGUUGAACAUCCCGACGUAUUUUCACAUCAUCGAGCGGCCGAUGGAUUUCGGAACCAUGCAAAACAAACUGGACGGUACAUUGGCCGCAGACAUGGAAGGCGAGGAAGGAAUGACAGGCGCAUUUGGAGGAAAUGUCAACUACGCGAGUUUAGACGAGUACAAGCAAGACUUGUUCCUCGUGUUUCGAAAUGCCAUCAAGUUCAAUGCCGACGAUGGACGAGUGGACUCCGUGGGGUAUAUAUUGAAUGAAAGCAACCAGCCCGGGAAUUUCAAAGACUAACGUGGCUCUAGUAACAUUGCGAAACGACUGCGGCAGUAUGCGUUGAAGCAGCUCGUGACCUACUUUGGGGAAUCGAACCUUGCCUGGGAUGAAAAAAUGGAGCUGUGUGUGCUGGAGAGUCAAAUAGCCAAGGCCAAAGAGCAGCAGGUGCGUCAAGGUUGGAAGGACCAGUCGUUCGUAGCAAGGAUGAACAGGAAAAAGAUCGAAAAACGAUUUGAAUCGGUCAUGCAAGGAAGCCCGUAACAACUCGACACGAUGCACUGAAUGCACCCUCUUUACGUGACCUUGACAAUACACUACGUGAUUUAGAGUUAGUUGUCUGUUGGGUGAGAGAGAGAUGGGACAACACCAGUGUACCGCUUCUCUUGUGAGCUCGUAGCGGCUGCACGUGUUCCUUCCCGUAUGGAGGGAGAUGAAUGUGAGAUAAACACAA